AUGGGCAAGACCGCAGCGCCCUCUUUUUGGGCGUCCAGCCUGGUGGGGUGUCUGUUGCUGAGUUCACUCCUUUUGGCUGAGGCCGGGAGACACAACAGCGGGCUGGCGAACAAGGGGCGGGAGCAUUCACACCACCACCAUCAUGGUGGCCAUGGGCACGGGAAGCCGGUGGGAAUAAGCACCGAGGCAGAGUUUGAGGGGGACGUCCUCCCAGAGAAGACGGCUGUCGCGCAGGGCAGCGGAAAGAUUGCUGGGGGAAAGUCGGAAAAUAACCGGCGGUCGGUUGAGGAGUCUGCUGACGUGGGCGGAGUCUACAUGUAUCUGGCGUCCUUCUUGACUUUGCAGAGCCGCCCGGCGAUCGCGAGCAUGACAGGUGUCACGCCCACAAACUGCCACCUGUCGCAUGACGUCACCUGCGGCAAUGGCAAGCAGUCCGGAGACCGAUUGGGUGCGGCCGUGGACUUCCUCACCGCGUCUUUGUUCGGAAAGUCGACCGAGGGAAAGCAAAUUCUGCCGGCGGAUGAGUCUGCCAAGCCCGCAGAGAUUGACCCAGCACCGGGUUUCUCGCAAGCCCCCCUGGAAAGACCAUCCGACGCGGGAAAGAAGAUCCUGCCUAGUCACGAGGGAACAAAGCCUGCAGAGUUGGAUCCGGCAAACCACAAGCAGGGGGGUGAAAUUGCCGGACAGGAGACCCCCCUCCCCGCAGACGAGGGCACUGGCAACCCCUCUUGGACCGGCCUCCUCCCGAGCAUCGUCCGCGCAUUUGCAUCCAUCCGCAACUCUGGCCACGUCACCGCUGACAUCAGCGGCGCGUCAGCGCUCCGCCGGCCGUCUGAUGCCGGCAAGCAGAUCCUGCCUGCAGACGAGGGGAGAGGUGUUCAGCCCCCUCAGAGCGGAAUGGAGGGGGAGCGGACGGAACUGAACGCGGCGUUCUCGGAAACUAGAGCGAGGAUGCUGAUCAGUGCGGGGAGUCCCGAGACGAGCACGGUUUCGCAGCUGUUUUUAGAUGCGCACAACGCGGCGCGCAGCGCAGUGGGGGUGCAACCAAUCAAAUGGAACACGACCCUGGCAAUAUUUGCACAGGCGUGGGCGAACAACCAGAAGAUCAACGCGAGCUGUGCGAUGGCGCACCGUCCGACGAGCGGGCCCAACAAGCGCAUCUACGGCGAGAACAUCGCGUGGAACGGCGGCUUCAAGAGCAGCGCAACCCAGAUCACCAAUCUGUGGGCCGGCGAGUCGAUCUACUACAACCGCACGUCCAACACGUGCACGCCCGGCAAGGUCUGCGGACACUACACCGCGAUCGUCUGGGCCAAGACCACCCAGCUGGGCUGCGCCGUCGUGGCUUGCCCCGACCCCACCUACCGCAUGACCCAAUUCUGGGUGUGCAACUAUUGGCCCAACGGGAACAUCAUCGGUCAGCGGCCUUAUUAG